AUGCCGUUUGCUGCAGAAGAGAGAAAAAAAUAAAUAUUUCCAAGGAGCUGAGGGAAUAUUUCCUCUAAAAUCCGAUAUGGGAAGUUUCUGAUAAUACCACAUAGUCCCUAAAGCAAGCACUGUGGUUGCUUCAAUGAAAUGAGUCCCACAAGUAUACUGUAUAAUCUUGCAGUAUCUCCCCUGAUCUUCAUGCUUCAGAUUGCAUUGUUUAUCAAAUCUUGGCUUGACCAAAUCUGACAAUGAUUCUUCUUUCGCUUACACUUCUUCAAAAAUAGUGCAACUCCAUUGACUUCAUUGAGAAAUGGAUUUUAGGGUUGCCUCUGAACAAUUUCUGGAUUGGAUUAAAUAAUUUGGAAAAUGUGACUAAUUUUGCCUGGUCGGAAGGAACACUAGCAGACAUUACAGCACCCUGGCUUUGGAUGUCACGCCCAUCCCCACCAAACAAUGCUUAUUGUGUGAAGAUUUCCAAUGGUAUCUUGAUUGCUGUGGACUGUAGUGCCAAGGCCCAUUGGAUCUGCAAGCGAAGUGCAGAUACGGAGCGGUAUCAAGAACACAAAGGAAAAGUACUUCUCUCACCACCAAGUGUACAAGCACAAGUACAUGCAGAUUUGAAUUCUGCUAAAGAAGCUUGUCUGGAGCUUAGGGAGAAAUGCACAGGAAUUUCUACGUGGAAUAAUGCAUAUGCCCUUGCCAGGGGGACCGUAUUGUUGAAGAGUGAGGAGAGCAAUUCCUAUGCCUAUGUAAAAUCAGAUUGCUCCAUGGGUUACUUUGGAAGGGAUUGUUCCUCUGUGUGCGGUUUGUGUCACAACGAUGAUCUGUGCAAUCCCUACACGGGAACUUGUGACGAUUUCCAUUUGUGCAGUGUUCAGAGUGCACCUACAGCCUGUGAGAGAGCAAUGAAAAGUUUGUGGUGCCCCCGUUUUUCUGGUUGGUCGUAUUGGAGUGGCAACUGUUACUACUUCAGCACAGAGGCCCCUGCCAGCUGGCUUCAAGCAAGGGAGAAGUGUAGAAGAUACAGAAGUGCAGAUCUGCUAUGGAUUGAGAGCCCAGAAGAAAUGAAUUGGUUGUUCUCGGCGAUUCCAUCUGAAACCUUUUGGAUUGGAUUGAAUAGCAGGCAGCAAGAGUCUAUAUGGAUUUGGUCAAAUGGGAAGUCAGCUGCUAAAGAACUUGAUUGGUUAUCCAUGAUUGGAAAUCCAUCUGGAAGAUGUGCAGGUAUCCAGCCAGCACCCAGAAGUAUUUUAAAGUUUAACUGUGAAAAUAAGUACAGAUGGCUUUGUAAGAAAGCUGAAUCUCCACACAUUUUUGAUGUGUUUCUUAGUCGGUACCUGUCAAGACCAUUUUCAUCACAGAAGAUAUACAACUCCCUCCAUAGUGCUAAGAUAGACUGCUUAUAUGACAGGAACUGCACAGGAGUAGUAAAAGUCUCACAGUACUUCAGAAGAAUGGCAGGAAUUGAUGAAAUCCACUUUGCUCCUUUUACUGCUCCCUCGAGUGCUAUUUCGUAUGUAAAACGUGAAUGUUCUUUGGGAUACUAUGGAGAAAGCUGUGCAAGAGUUUGUCCGCUGUGUCCUGGAAACUUCAGAUGCAAUUCAAUAACUGGCAAAUGCCCAGAAAAGUUAAUGUGUGUGGACAAAUUUAAAGGUGAAAUUUGUGAAUCAGGACUCACCAGUUUAAAGUGCCCUCAAGACCCCACAUGGUGGUAUUGGAAUGGAAACUGUUAUUACCUAGAAAGGAAAGAGACUAUGCGGUGGGAGCAGGCUCUGGACCAAUGUGCAUUGUAUAAGCAUGCUAGUCUUCUCCAAAUAGAUAGUGCAGAAGAAAAGAUGUGGGUGGCUUUCAUGCUGGAGAGUGGCACCUGGAUUGGUUUGUCAAAGCAGCAGUCUAGUGCCUGGCAAUGGACUAGUGGACACGGUGCUAAUCUUGCACUCAGAUGGCUUUCAGACAUUAAAAGGGGUCAAAGUGGUUGCGCUCAGAUGAAGAAAGGAGGAGAACUUAUGGCUACUGGUUGCUCCACACGCCUGCACUGGGUCUGUGAAAAACAAGCAGGUGGUGAUCUAAAGAACCAGUAGUCGUGUCUACAGCUAAUUGUGUAGGAUCUUAUAAGAUGCUUUUCACGAUAUAUCUGAUUGCAUGUUGCUGCAUAUGUACUAUACCCGGGGAAUGCAGAUUCCAAAGCUAGCUAACUCUAUGUGCCAAGUAUUCAGGUGAUGUAAAUGGGUUUAUCUCAUUGAUUUAAAUGGAGCUGUGCUGAUUUUACAGCAGCUGAGAAUCUGCCUCUAAUCUCCACAGUGUAAUUUAAAUUAGCAAUUGCUGUGCAAGAACAAUUUAGAAAAAUGUAUCAACAAGAUACUUUCAAAACUAAUUCAUAAUAUACGAAAAGACGAUCAUGAGAUGUGUCUUAUUGACAAACCUCAAGGAGUGAAAUUGAAUUACUGUAUUACAUACCAUAGUAUCUUGUGAUAAAUCAUGUGGUGGUUUGUUUGA